AUGGACGGGCUAGACUAUACGAAAGUCCCCCUCGGGGUGCCGCCUCCUGGGCAGCAAAGCAAUCUGCUGGAUGCUGAAUCUCAGGCUUGGAUCCCUCGGCUCGCCAUCUACACUACUCUUCCCGUGGCCCUGUGCUUUAUAAUAAUGCGUAUCGGUACUCGCAUUCGCAUGAAGCACAGCUUGGGCUGGGAUGAUUUACUCGACGACAUGUAUGGCCGCCACUUCUGGGACAUACCGGUCAGCGCCGCAACAUCCGAGUUGAUGAAGGAAACCUGCGCGAUAACCGCAAUGUACGAUGUAUCUGCUGCCCUGACCAAGGUUUCUCUCUUGGCCCUGUUCCUCCGCAUCUUUGCGCGAUCGCGGAGGAGCAAGAUGAUGAUUUGGGCCGGCAUCGGCUUCACCGUCGCAUCCUACGCCACCUUGCUCGGGGCAUGGAUAUAUUACAGCGCUCCUCACCAGGGUGAAGGCUGGUCGGAUACAAUCUACCAAGUGAGAACUGGCAGGGACACGCCGCCCAUUAGUGUUGUAUUUGGCGCGUUGGCCAUAUUCACAGACUUUUACAUCAUUGCCAUACCCAUCACGGCGAUAUCCAGCCUCAACCUAUCGACCAAGAAGAAGUUUGGUGUCUCGGCUCUCUUUGUAACCGGUCUCUUAGCCUGCGCCUUUUCUGUCGCUGGGCUGUCUCCACGAAUUGAGAAUUAUCGACUGACCAUGGUCCAUGGUACUCCUGAUCCGUUUUGGGUUUCAUGCCCAUCAUACGGCUUAGCUGUUGCCGAGAUCAAUCUCGGCAUCGUCUGUGCUUGUGUUCCCGUCAUUGUCCCCUUGCUGAAGGGUCUACUGACCCAGCUAUCGGUCACUACUUCAUCGUGGCGGCGCUACUGGGGGGCGAGAUCCAAAGGGUCGACCGACAUUCGUAAUUUGGAGGCUGGCAAGGGAAGCCCGGCGCCAGAUCCGAACCGUCUUGGGAGACGUUGGCUAUCCUUGAACCUUGGCUCGCAGAAGCCACGAGGAACGCCGUCGUCAGGGACCAUAACGGUAACGCAAGCAACUGAAAUUCACAUGGUGCCGUAUUCGGAGCUGCGCUCCAUCGACAUGGACUACCAUAGAUAUCUGGGCAAUGGAAAAAAUGGUUCGCAUGCCGCCAGCGCUGAAAGGGGACGAGCAGGGUAG